AUGGCUACGACUCCGUGUUUUGAUUUUAUUGAUCUUCUGAGACCUCACGAUCUGCCUCACGGUGGAAUCAUAGUCUUCUUCAGAAAUAAUAUUCACUUUUAUAGAAAUGAAUUGCCGACAACAUCCCCUUUUGAAGCGUUAGCUAUGAAGUUCAGGAUAAAUGGGAUUAAUGUUGUUUUGCUGGCCGUUUACAGACCAGGAUCUGCCCCAAUUUUUUCGCAAUUUUUCAGUGAACUGAAAAAAAGGGGCACGUUGAAUCUGAUCGCAACAUCUAAAGAAUUUCCUGUUUCCAACAUUAAAGUAUCACCUCAUGGUAUUUAUUUGGAUCACUGUCUAAUUCAAGCGCUUUUGUUGAAGUUUGACGCUGUUUAA